GUUUGGAAUGCCAAUCAGGCCAACAUUGCAUCGGCCCGAUCCGAAGCAGCCGCGAUUGAUGCUGACCUCGCCGCCCGCGAGCGGGUCGUUCAGCGUCAGCUCCAGACUCUGAUCUUGCGCCGCCAGGCGGCGGCUGGAGAGUUGGCCGCACUUGAGGAGACAGUGAUCCCGCCUUUGGAAACCGCUCUGGAGCAGGCCGAAACCGGCUUCGCCCGCGGCAGUUUCUCCUUCCUGGAAAUUUAUGACGUCCAGCAGGCCCUCAUCAACGCGCGGCUGCGCUCGGUUGAUGCUCUCUACGCCAUUCACCAGGCCGAUAUCCAGUUGCGCCGUUUGACAGGCUCCGCCCUGGCCGUACUCGCGGCCUGUUCGCAGGACGCGCCCGAAGCUUCGGGCAGCGGCCAUGGCGCCGAGGUCGCAGGCGACGAGUAUGAACGCGGUCCGCAUCGCGGCCGCAUGCUGCGCGAGGGCGAGUUCGCACUGGAACUCACGAUUUUCGAGGAUGGUGUCGAUCCGGAAUUCCGGCUCUUCCCCUAUAUCAACGGCCAGCCGGUCGACCCGUCCCGCGUGACGGCGAGCAUCGAACUCGGUCGCCUCGGCGGCCAGAUCGACCGCUUUGCAUUCGCGCCCCAGGAUGAUUUCCUUCGCGGCGAUGGUGUCGUCACCGAGCCGCACUCCUUUGAUGUGACCGUGACGGCCUCGAUGCCGGGCAUGAAUGCCCGGUGGCAAUACGAGUCCUAUGAGGGCCGAACGACGUUUUCCCGCGAUCAGGCGGAAGCCGGCGGGAUCGAGGUGUCGGUAACCGGUCCGGCGACGCUCGACGAGACCGUCGAGGUGUAUGGCGAGAUCGCACUCAUACCGGAGGGCCGGGCCGAGCUGCGCGGCUGGCUGCCGGGCCGUGUGGUCGCUCUCAAUGCCAGCAUUGGCGACCGUGUCGAAGCCGGUCAGACCCUCGCUCGCAUCACGGCGACGGAGAGCUUGCAGACCUAUUCCGUCACAUCGCCGAUCAGCGGCGUUGUGGUGGAACGCGGCGCUACGCUGAACGGUCCGACCGGAAGCGAACCGCUCUUCGUGGUCGCUGACCCCAGCCAGUUGCAUGCCGAGCUGUUCAUCUAUCCCGGCGAUCUGGGCUCAGUCGCGACCGGCCAGCCGGUUCGUGUAACCAGCUUUGACGGCGGACGCAGCGCGGAGAGCGAGAUCGAGUUUCUCUCCCCGAUGAUCGAUCCGGACAGUCAGAGGGCCAUCGCCCAA